AUGCGAGCAAACUUUGGCAUUAAUUCGAUCAUAUCAAUAGCGAACACCUUUUCCAUUCCUACCAAAGCUACCGACAUGUUGGAUGUCGAAGAGCUUACCAUCGCGCAGGCCCACACUGGGUUCAGACAAGGCGACUUCACUGCGAAGGAGCUCACUGCUGCGUUCCUUUCCCGUAUCGAUAAGUUUGAUCAUGCAGGGCCAAAGAUCAAUGCCAUGAUGGCACUAUCGAGCACAGCUCUCGAAGAAGCCGCGCAGCUCGAUGAUCAUCUGAACAAAACCGGUCAGCUCAAGGGAAGCCUUCAUGGCAUCCCGGUCGUGGUGAAGGACCAGGCCGACACCAAAGGCAUUGUUACCACUUAUGGAUCGGCGGCUGCAAAGAACAACAUCCCUACCCAAGACGCAUUUGUUGUCACGAAAUUGAAGCAAGCCGGGGCUGUCAUCAUUGGCAAAACCACAAUGGCCGAAUGGGCGUGUGCCUGGUAUAGCGCAAAUGGUGCAACCGAUUACACGUUCACCAAGAAUCCAUACCACCUCGACCAUGACGUCGGUGCCUCGUCCGGGGGCUCGGCAGCAGCGAUUGCCGCAAACUUUGCGAUCUUGGCGGUCGCGGAAGAUACUGGCGGUUCGAUCCGAGUUCCGUCGUCGUUCUGCAACAUUGUUGGGCUCAGGCCGACUCCAGGCCUCAUCUCCCGUGCGGGCUUUUGCCCUCUCCUUAAACUUCACGACACUCCCGGGCCAAUGGCACGGACCGUGACAGACUGCGCCCUUAUGCUUGAUUCUAUGGUAGGCUUCGACCCUCAGGAUGAGUACACUGAGUACGCCGCUACUGCUGCGGCCAUUGGACUCCCGAAGGGUGGCAGCUACUCGACUUUCCUUGAGGAUGGUCCUGAGAAGCUCAAUUCUGCUAGAUUCGGCGUUGUACGUCAGCUGUUUGGCUCGGAAACGAAUCCAGAUUACCAAGCGGUCUGCUCAGUCACAGCUUCUGCCAUGGACAAACUCCAAAGACAUGGCACAACAUUUGUUGAUGUACACAUCGAUAACUUGAACCACUACCUAUCAUACACUCAGACAUAUAUGAUCAAGGGCCGUACCGACAUCAACAGUUUUCUUGCCACCAAACCGAACCUCCCAAGCGACAUUGCCGACAUCGUUCCCUCUAAACAGGUUAGACCAUGGCUGGAUUUGUUGAGCCUCACUGCGCAUGGGCCGCAAGAUCCAACAAGCGACGGAACUUACGUCGACCGAAUAUUGACGCGAGACGCGUUUAAGCGCAAAGUUUGCUCGAUUAUUGCAUCCCAGGGCCUUGAUGCGCUAAUCUUUCCCGAUGCCAAAAUUCCGCCACCUCGGGCAGAAGACGCUACAAGCGGAAAGUUUCCGACUGAAAGUUUCCCUGUGAACACUUUCUUCGCAAGUCAGGCUUGUCUUCCGGCAAUCAGUGUGCCGGCUGGGUUUACACAAGAAGGUUUACCAGUUGGACUUGAGUUGGUAGGUCUGGAGCAUCAAGAACAACAUCUGCUGGAACUGGCCAGAGGUAUCGAGGUGGUCAUUGGGGGUAGGAAAGCUCCUGAAGUAGCAGUGUGGGUGUAG